CGCGGCAGUAGACUUGCAGGCUACGUAACUGAAAAACAGCCAUUGUAACAGUUGUUGUUGUUAUAGAGCAAUAUAGGAUAACCCAUUCAUCACUUCACUUUCACGGACAGGUUUGUUCAGUGCCUAUCUAUUCAGUGUUGACCAACAUUGAUUAGCCACACCUUGACCAUGUUGCUCUGGCCAGAGAGCCACCAGGUGGCUGUGGUGUCAGUCCUGCUGUGCUGGUUGACCCUGUGCUGGUGCAGCCCUGACCCCAGGCUCAGAGAGUCUCUGAUGCAGCAGGAGGCCUCCCGGCAGACAGGGGGCAGACUGCUGCUGACAGAGGCAGAGCUGCGGCUAAGUGCACAGCUGCACAAACUGAAGGAGCAGGAGAUGAAGAGCUCGGACUUCCCUCCUGCCUUGCACUUCUUCAAGGCGAAGCCACUCAUCCAGCGCAGCCUCAUCUAUAGCCUACUGCAGAGGAUGCCCAAAGGGGCAGCACUUCAUGUCCAUGACUUCUCCAUGGUGGGAGUGGAGUGGCUGGUGAGGAAUGUGACAUACCGGCCACAUUGCUACAUGUGCAUUACAGAGGACCAGUCAGUUCGGUUACUCUUUUCCUUUAGUCAGCCCAAACCAAAACCUCAGUGCUCCUCUUGGAUGCUGCUGGAGACCCUGAGGGCCAAAAUGGGCAAUACCACUGACCUUGACAACAGCCUCAUCCGCAACCUUACACUCUUCACUGAGGACCCAGAGGCUGCCUAUCCCAGCCAAGACGUUGUUUGGAAGAGGUUUGAGCAGGCGUUCAUUUCGGCUUGGGGACUAGUCACCUACGCUCCUGUGUUCAAGGACUAUUACUAUGAGGGCCUGAGGCAGUUCUACAUGGAUAGUAUCAUGUAUCUGGAGCUGAGGGCUUUGCUUCCACAGACAUACGAGCUGGAUGGGAGCACACAUGACAGUGCCUGGGGCCUCAAGACCUAUCAGGACGUGACCAGGCAGUUUGUGUCAGAACACCCAGACUUCCUGGGAGCUCGGGUCAUCUUCACUGUGCACAGGGGUCUGAAUGCGUCCAUGGCAUGGAAGGCAGUGGAGGAGGCUAUGAACCUACAGAAAGCCUUUCCAGAGAUCAUGGCUGGAUUUGACCUGGUGGGUCGGGAAGAUAGUGGAAGACCCCUCUGGUACUUCAAGGAGGCCUUGUCUCUGCCAGGCGAGAGAGGAGUCAACCUUCCCUUCUUCUUCCACGCAGGAGAGACUGAUGAAGAGGGCACUGAUGUGGAUGGGAACCUGCUGGAUGCUCUAUUGUUCAACACGUCUCGCAUCGGCCACGGCUUUGCCCUGCUGCGCCACCCGGUGGCCAAGGCACUCUCUAAGAAGAAAGGGGUGGCUGUGGAGGUGUGCCCCAUCUCCAACCAGGUACUGAAACUGGUCUCAGACCUGCGGAAUCACCCAGCUGCUGUUCUGAUGUCAGAGGGCCAUCCCCUGGUGAUCAGUUCAGAUGACCCUGCCAUGUUUGGAUCUUCUGGCCUCUCCCAUGAUUUUUACGAGGCGUUUGUGGGUUUAGGUGGAAUGAACUCUCACAUAGGUACUCUCAAGGAACUGGCCAUGAACUCCAUCAGGUACAGCUCUCUGUCGCCACAGCUGAAGGAGAAAGCCUUGGAUUUGUGGCAGAGAAAAUGGGACAAGUUUGUCUCAGAGAACUCACAAUAGAGACCUGCUGGAGCAGAGUCUGGGGCAGAGGAGUGGUCAUUCGGACGCUGACUGGGACAGUGGGAUCACCCCAGUCUGUGAGACUGUUGCUUGUAGCCAUAGGAAGGGAAGGAUAUUUGGAAUGCUGGUCCCAAAUGGACACACAAGUAGAAAUGUUGUUCAAAAUUCGGACAAGGGAAAAGAUGUAGUAGUUAUUGAAACAUUAUUUGUUGUAGACGGAGCUGUAGACUGUUUGGCAAAUUAGGUUUGAGAAGGAAAAAGAGAACAAGCUCAUAUCGCCCUCAAGUGGAUAGGGUGUGUAUAACACUCCUGUAAGAAAUCAAUUAGCAGACUACACCGCUGUCAGCUCCCACAAAAUGGAGGCCCCUGACAGGAGUUGAGUUCACUAGUCAAGGAGUCAUAAAGGAAGCUGUUUUUUCACACAAAGGCAUUUUAUCAUUAUUUUAUGUAUUUGCACAUUAAUCGUGAAUUCAGUGAGGCUCUACAUGGCAAUAGAGCACUGUGUGAAAAUGCUUACACUGAAUGAACUGA